AUGUCUGAAUACAUCCUUGUGACAGGUGGCGCAGGCUACAUCGGAUCCCAUACCGUACUUGAGUUGCUCAGCAACGGCUACAAGGUGAUUAUUGUCGAUAACUUAAGUAACUCUUCCUACGAUGCCGUGGCCAGGAUCGAGUUCGUGGCCAAACAGGCGAUUCCGUUCUUCAAGGUGGAUCUCCGCGACUACGACCAACUCGCUGUCGUUUUCCAAGCCUACAAGGUGACAGGAGUCAUCCAUUUCGCUGCGUUGAAGGCCGUGGGAGAGUCGUCGCAGAUCCCCUUGGACUACUACGAUAACAACGUCAACGGCACCAUCACGCUUUUGAGGGCCAUGAAGGCCCACAACGUCCAAACAGUGGUCUUCAGCAGCUCUGCCACAGUGUACGGCGAUGUGACUCGUUUUGGCGAUAAUCUGAUGAUUCCCAUUCCUGAGCACUGUCCCACCGACCCCACCAACCCCUAUGGAAAAACCAAGCGCAUGAUCGAGAAUAUCCUCGAGGACGUAUAUGCCAGUGACAAGGCCAACUGGACCAUGGGUAUUUUGCGCUAUUUCAACCCCAUGGGGGCCCAUCCUUCGGGGUUGAUUGGCGAGGAUCCUUUGGGCAUCCCCAACAACUUAUUGCCGUACUUGUCACAGGUCGCCAUUGGCAGACGUGACAAGUUGUCGGUGUUUGGCAGCGAUUACGACAGCCACGAUGGCACGCCCAUCCGUGACUACAUACAUGUAGUAGACUUGGCCAAGGGCCAUAUCAGUGCCUUGAACUACUUGAAAAAGUCUACCAGCGGACUUUACCGUGAGUGGAAUUUGGGCACAGGCAAGGGCUCCACCGUUUUUGAGAUCUACCACGCCUUCUGCAAGGUCGUAGGUAGGGAAUUGCCAUACGAGGUGGUGGGCAGAAGAGCUGGCGAUGUGCUCGACUUGACUGCGAACCCUUCGCGAGCCAACGAAGAGUUAGAGUGGAAAGCUGAACUCGGCAUUGACGAUGCCUGCAGUGACUUGUGGAGGUGGACCAGCGCCAAUCCGUUUGGUUUUAAUCUAGACAACUAUUCGUGGAAAAUUGUUGGCGACAACUACGAAAACCGAGCCCACACCGUGGAGAAUGGGGACUUGUCAGUCACUUUCCUAAACCACGGAGCCAUUAUACAGAAGCUUUCCUACAAGGGAGUAUCGGUCGUGAACGGGUAUGAGAAUCCUCAGGACUAUAGUUUGAAGACCAAUCCAUUUUUUGGUACGACUGUGGGCAGAGUGGCCAACCGAAUUGCCCAUGGAAAGUUCAGUCUCAACGGGACCAGCUAUCAGGUGACCCAGAACGAGCACCCCAACACCCUCCACGGAGGAUUGAGUGGCUACAACACCAGAAAAUUCUUGGGCCCAGUAGUCAAGGAAAAGGAAGGCAUUUUCACAGUGGAAUUCUACUUGAAGGACGCAGACUCCCCAGACGGUUUCCCUGGAAACCUCGAUACCUAUGUGAAGUACAAGAUCAGCCAGGACACUGUUGAAAUCGAGUACCAGGCGUCCCUCGAGGACGGAAGCUCGGUGGACGCUACCAUCGUCAACCUCACGAACCACUCCUACUUCAACAUCACCCCUAAUUCCACUCAUGACAACACCAUUUUGAAGCUUGCAAGCAACCAGGUACUCGAGGUAGACGAAAACAAGAUUCCCACUGGCAAAACCAUUACCGACACCAGAAUAAGUGUCAACGAGCCAUUAAAAGUUACUAAAGAUAUCAACUACGACACUGCCUUCGUGGUCACCAAGGAAUCCCAUUCGAUUGACACUAGGGGCCACGAACUUCAGCAAAUCGUCGAAGCGUCUCACCCAGACUCCAAGAUUAAAUUGGUGAUUAGCUCCACCGAGCCUGCAUUCCAGUUCUACACUGGGGAUUAUACCGACACCAAAGGCUUUGGAUCCAGAAGUGGUUUCUGCAUUGAGCCUAGCAGGUACGUUGACGCCAUCAACUCUGAGGAAUGGCGCGAUCAAGUCAUCUUGAAAAAAGGCGAGGUCUAUGGAGCCAGAAUCGCGUACAAGAUUAUCGGAUAA